UGUACGAGUAAAUAGUUUGUUAAAGUGCAGUGCAUACUGAUCAAGUGUUUGAGACAAAAUAGCAUUUAAACCGGCGUAAAUGUGAGUGCUUAUCUUGUCAGCUCAGCGUUGGACCAUGUUAAUGGUGAAACUAUACAAAUUUAUAUGCAUGGUUAGAUAAAGGCGUGGACUUCACUCUGCAAGGAACCUGCGAACUAUCCUUUUCCUCGCAUUUAGCUUGUUCAAAAUCGCUGAGCAAGAGGUGUGCAGGUGGAACUGUCUUCAUUAUUGCACAACAAUGGUGGAACCACCGACCGAAUCGGAGAAACCUCUUAUCGUCCAAUUUCGUGACAUGAUGAGAGAUGAAUUAGACGAAGAACGAUUGUCAUCAGACAUGUACCUCCUUCGAUGGCUUCGAGCCAGAGAAAUGAAUCCUCAGAAGGCAGCUUUAAUGUUACGAACGUCCAUGAAAUGGAGGCAGGAGAAUAAAGUGGAUCAAGUGUUGCAUGAAAUAAUAGACCAGGAUAUUUCUGAUUUGAUUGGUGGGUUUUUUCAAGCGUUUGACAAAUUUGGAAGACCGGUGGUCGCUUUACCUGGAGGUGAGUGGGAUGUCCGCAAGCCACUGGAUGAUGGAAGAAAGCCAGAGCUAAUAAGAUUUUUAAUCAUGUCGCUCGAAAUUUUUGAAGAGACUUUAAAAAUGAUUUACAAGUACGGAUAUCCAAACCAAACCCCAAUGAUCAUUACGAAAUUCACCGUCAUAUUCGAUCUUAAACAUUUUACAUAUGCAAAAUUUGCCCACAAACGAUCUGUGGAAGCACUACUUGACUUGGUCAAAAUUUACGAGGCUAAUUAUCCAGAGACAUUAGGACGGUGUCUUAUCAUUAACAGUCCCAGAAUAUUCUCAAUGUUAUUUGCAAUCGUGAAACCAUUCCUGUCAGAAAAUACCGUAAAUAAAAUUUCAAUUUUCGAUUCGAAUGAAGCAAAUUGGAAGAAAGCAGUGGAGGAAGUGAUUGAUCCAUCACAAUUGCCGAUAAGAUAUGGAGGAAGAGUUGAAAAUCCUGCAUUAAUGGAUUAAUUGAGCAAUGAGACGAGAAUAACACAUUUAAGGAAUGUAAUUAUCUGUAGUUUUAAACUACUAAACAAUUUGCAGGAAAACAAGUACAAUUGUCGAUACUAAUAAAAGGUUUGUGAUGUAGUUCACUAAGUAAAAUCUAGUCCUAAUAAACUAACAAUUUUCUGGGUAACUA